AUGCACCCUAGCGCUAGCGUUCAACAAGAGGAACGCGAGCCCUUUCUAUUAGAUAAUGAACCUGUCGAAGAAGAACAGUUUAUGAUGCGAUUCAUCCGGAAGAUUUUACGCCCAUGGAGCGAGGCGCGAGAGUUGAUCACUUCAGAACACGCCGUUGGAAUAUUCAAGUGCAGCCUUGCGUACCUACUUGCAUCUCUGACAGUUUUUAUACCAAUCAUUGGAAGCGUUUUGGGCCACCAGAAUGGAAAGCAUCUGGUGGCGACCAUUACAGUGUACUUCCACCCAGCGAGAUCGCAAGGCAGCAUGUACAAGGCACUGAUAUGUGCUUUUGUCGCUUUUUUCUUUGCGACGUUUCUCUCGUUGUCGAUCUUCGUCAUGGGUGGGUUUGGAUUCAUCGGAUGGAUCAAACAGAGACUAGGCGAUCCGCUCGUCAAUGUCGCGUGCUCUUUGGCUUCUUUGGCAUCUAUUCUUGUCAUUACCAAAGAAGGUGCUGUGCAAACAGGCGACCUUUCUUUCACGAAAAUCUUCCAGGUACUGAGGAUGGUUCUUUUGGGCGUAGGGGUUUCAACAGCCGUGUCGUUAUCGAUACUACCUAUUUCUGCCCGGAAGAAAUUCCGAGGAGACCUUUCCACUUUAACGGGUACAGUGACUCUGAUGCUUAUGAGUAUUACUGAGAGCUUUCUCCGCGGGUCGGAUCACGAACUCCAGACAGCCGAGUUUACCAACUUAUCUGCACGCCACGACAAAGUCUUCGGUCAGUUAAAGAAACUCCUGGAAGAGACGAGGCUUGAGCACUAUGUGGCUGGAACGGAGCGAGAGCAUUAUCUUGAGAAAUACCUCGUGUGUUUCAUGCAAGAUAUCACCCAUAGCCUAGGGGGUCUACGAAGUGCAGUAGCCUUACAGGCCAAAUUACUUGCACCGAUCAAAUACAUUAGAGGGGCACAGCCUUCAUACACAGGAAUCGACCUUUCCAUUCCUACCACUACAGAAAGGCCGAGGCUAAUCAACCAGUCGCAAAUUGUCUCACAGGCAGACGCGCAAGGCUGUGAUAAUGAACCAUCAGGGUUGACGCCUGAGACUGAACCAGACACCUCUUCAACUCACUCUCUAGCUGAGAUAUUCGAGAUACUUACAUCUCGACUAGAAGUGCCCAUCAUAUCACAUGCUUCUACCCUAAAAGAGAUUUUCACUGAAGUCACUUUUGGACCCGCUCCCGAUCAUAAUAUUUUCAUCAACGAUGGAGCGUACACACGUAUCAGUGAAGCAGUUAGUGUAUACCGAGAAGCUCGAAAUGCUGUCUUUUCUUCAAUCUGUCGUGAAUGGGAGAUGAUAUCUGUCACUGAGGUGAAUAAGGCUGGUCGUGAGGAAAUGUUCGCCAUUUGCGAGUAUUUUUCCGUCUCCCUCCUCGAACUAAGCAUGCAGCUGAAAGAGCUGUUAUCGGUUUUAGAGAAGCUGCAGGCUGAGGUUGAUGAAAGACCCUACGGGAAGUCCUGGGACUGGCUGCGUCCUUCGUGGUGGCGAACUGAUCAAGAACAUGUAAGACAUCAUUUAGAUGCAGCGUCUUCAUCAAGACAUUACCGCGCCGAAGUCAAUACUAGAAGCUCAGUACGAACGCCAAUUGCUAUCGACCAACCUGAACGCCAACUCCGAGGAUGGACACGAUAUCAAAGAGCUAAUGGUGAUGCUUGGGGGCCAUUUGAUAUUAUUCGCAAGGAUGAGAUCAAGUUCGCUCUCAAAGUAGGAAUUGGAGCAGCGCUUUAUGCCUUGCCUUCCUUCAUACCCGUGACAAGACCCUUUUAUCUAUAUUGGAGGGGAGAAUGGGGCCUUGUCUCAUAUAUGUUGGUAUGCUCCAUGACCAUCGGCGCAUCAAACACUACAGGAUUUGCUCGAUUACUCGGUACAUGUCUUGGGGGCCUCUGCUCGAUAGGUGCUUGGUACAUUGCGGGAGGAGAUGCUUUCAAGCUCGCAAUGGUGGGUUUCAUCAUGGCCCUCGGCCCUUUCUACAUGAUUAUUGCUAAAGGGCAGGCCCCUAUGGGCCGAUUCAUCUUAUUAACCUACAAUUUGUCCGUGCUUUAUGCCUUCUCUCACUCGCAAGCUGAUAUCGGUGACCCAGAUAAUGGGAGUGAGCACCUCAAUAUCACCGAGAUUGUCCUCCACCGAGUCAUUUCGGUCAUAUCAGGUUGCAUAUGGGGCAUCAUCAUUACGCGAGGCAUCUGGCCCAUUCGCGCACGGACGAAGCUGAACGAAACUCUACAAUCGUUGUGGCUCCGACUAGUCCUAAUUUGGGAUUCUGAGCCGUUGAACACAAUAUUCAGUGCUGACGCAAGCGCACCUGUUCUUUAUAUGAACCCCCGUGACAAGAUCGAGAUCGAGCACCUCCUCUCACAGCUCGAACCUCUUCAGACGUCUGCACGCUCCGAGGCUGAAUUGGGAGAUCCAUUUCCAGAUGCUGCGUACAGUAACGCCAUUCGCCGGACAAGAGACAUUGUGGACAACUUUUAUUCGAUGGAUCUAGUCUUAUUCGACAUCCCUGCACUUUCAGAAGGGCAAAUAUCCCUUCUGCGAUAUACUGUCGCUGCUAGACAGCAGCUAUCUGAGUGCAUCAGCAAUCUACUAGCUGUCAUCGCAUCAUCAGUACAACUUGAGCAUACCUUGAGCGAUUUCCCAACAAACGUAGAGGACUCGCGAUACCGACUUUUGGCGCAGAUUUCUCAAUAUCGUCAAGACCAAAGGGCAUCUCCCGCGACGAAUGACGAAGACUAUGUGCUACUCUACUCCUAUGUUGUUGUGAGCCACCAAUUGUCGGAUGAAAUCGCUCAAAUCAUGGCGGAACUUGGCCACAUUUUCCCAGCCUCGGAUGAAGAUUUCGUUGGUGCCGUUAGAGUGUAA